AUGUUUCGAAGGGUGGUCCACUCCCUGCUCUUCCUGAGUACGGCUGUGGCAGUAUCAAUCGAUGCUUGCCCAGGCUACAAUGCGAGCAAUGUUGUUUCGACUUCCUCUCGGCUGACUGCCGAUUUGAAUCUGGCUGGCGAUGCUUGCAACCUGUACAGCCGCGAUGCCCAUUAUCUUAAGCUCCUUGUUGAGAUGCAGACCGACUCACGUCUACAUGUAAAAAUCUACGACGAAGUCUUAGAAGUGUAUCAAAUACCAUCGUCUUUUCUAGAGGUGCCAUCAGGUGGAAAUUCGACCCAAGACUCCUCCGAUCUAAGUUUUUCCUAUACAAGUUAUCCUUUCUCCUUCAGCGUCCAGCGAAAAUCUACCGGUGAUACUAUAUUCAAUUCGUCUGGCUCGAAUCUUGUCUUCGAAAGCCAGUAUGUUCGUCUCCGCACGCAACUGCCCGAUGAUCCGUAUAUAUACGGACUAGGUGAGGAUUCGGACCGCUUCCGGCGUGAGACGAAAAACUAUACACGCACGUUGUGGAAUAUGGGAAACCCUGGUCUCCCAAACCAUGAAAAUCUCUACGGGAGUCAUCCUUUCUACCUUGAAAUGAGAAAUGGACAAGCGCAUGGAGUUUUCUUAUGGAAUAGCAACGGCAUGGAUAUUAAGAUUGACCAGGAUACCAACGGCCAAUAUUUAGAAUACAACAUCAACGGUGGUGUUCUAGAUUUUUAUUUUGUGUCUGGGCCUCAGCCUGCUGAUGUAUCUCGCCAGUAUGCUAAUAUUAUUGGAACGCCUACCGCUCAGUCUUACUGGACGUAUGGAUUCCAUCAGUGCAGAUAUGGAUAUCAGGACGUCAUGGAGGUCGCCGAGGUGGUAUAUAAUUACUCCAUUGCUGGAAUUCCGCUAGAAACUAUGUGGACUGAUAUCGAUUAUAUGGACUUACGACGAACAUGGACCUUGGACCCGGAUCGAUUUCCUUUGGAGAAAAUGCAAGAACUUGUCACAUAUUUGCAUGAUCACCAACAACAGUACAUACUCAUGGUAGACCCUCCUGUCUCGUUGAAUGAUAGUGCGUCGUGGGAAAAUGCCGUUCAACUAGAUGUGCUCAUGAAAAAUUCUAGUGGGGAGACUUUUGUAGGUGGGAUGUGGCCGGGUCCCGUUGGAUAUGUGGAUUGGUUCCAUCCCAAUGCACAGUCUUUCUGGAGCGGCCAGAUUGCGAGCUUCUUUGAUGAUGACAACGGUGUUGGCGUGGACGGUGUUUGGAUAGAUAUGAAUGAGCCAGCCAACUUUUGUGCUCCUUGCUCCAACCCCUAUUCAGAGACUGCUCCAACCCCCCCUGAUGUACGCACAUCAUGGGAACCACUGCCCGGGUUUCCUGCUGAUUUCCAGCCACCCAGCUCCAGUUUCACAGAAAAGAGAGAUGCGCAGGGUAACUCGACUGGCCUUCCUGGACGUGACCUUGACAACCCACCGUACAAAAUCCAGGCUAAAUAUGGAACCCUCUGGGGGUGGACUGUCUGGCCAUCGGCACCAAAUUACGGGGGCUAUGAACAGUAUGACAUCCACAAUCUAUACGCAUCUGGCAUGAUAUCGCACACGCGAAAGGGACUUCUUGAUCGUCGGCCGGAUGAGCGCCCAUUUAUCAUUUCGCGCAGUACAUUUUCGGGUGACGGAGCCCAAAGUGGACACUGGACAGGCGAUAAUGAUUCUAAAUGGUCCCAUUACUUACUUUCAAUUGUGCAACAUCAAGAGUUUGCCUCAAUAUUUCAAAUGCCCAUGGUCGGUUCUGAUGUGUGUGGCUUUAACCAGGACACACAUGUGAACCUAUGCGCCCGCUGGGCCAUGCUGGGUGCCUGGUAUCCAUUUUACCGAAACCAUAAUGCGAAUAAUGCCGUUGCUCAAGAAUUUUACCUUUGGCCAUUGGUUACUGAAGCCGCGAAGAAAGCCAUCAGCACAAGAUUUGCAUUAUUGGAUUACUUCUACACUGCGUUCUAUCAGCAAACAGUUGAUGGAUCUCCAAGCACUAUAAUUCCAUUAUUCUUCCAAUAUCCAAACGACACGAAUACGCUUGAUAUUAGCUACCAGUUCUUUUAUGGGCCGUCUAUCCUGGUGUCUCCGGUUACAAUCGAGGAUGCAACAAAUGUAACCAUCUACCUACCAGAAGAUACUUUCUACGAUUAUUGGAGUGGCCAGCGAAUUAUUGGCAACGGGACAAAUAUUACACUUACUGAUAUCGGCCACACUGAUAUCCCAGUUCAUAUUCGGGGAGGGUCGAUUUUACCACUCCGCACCGAUGCGGACACGGUCAAUACUACGGCUGCACUUCGGAAUAAGAAUUUUACGUUACUCAUUGCCCCUGACAAUUCGGGCCGGGCAGCAGGAUACCUCCACUUGGAUGACGGCAAGAGUUUGAACUCAACCAGCAGCGACAUCAAUUUCAGUUAUGAGAAUGGCAGUUUGGCACUUGGCGGAACGUUUGGUUAUAGCACCGAUUUGCAAGUCAUAUCCGCUAAAGUUCUGGGUGAUGGUAGUGGCGCGACGUUUAACUUGACGAAAUCACUGAAUAAGCCUUGGGUGGUUAAUAUUUAG